GCUGUUUCGGCUGGAUUCAAUGCUGCUCUUACUGCCAUUGCCGCCAAGCACUUUUCUUCCCAGUUGCCUCGAGCUGGAAUUCCUUCUUUGAAGGCCCUGCUUCCUACUCGGAUCAGCUCAUGUAUGCAAGUUGUCACGUUAAGGAAUACCAGUGUUAGUUUGAGUGCCUAGUAAUCUUGAGCAAAAGAGUACUUAUUUUCCCUCCCAAUAUGAAGAUUGAAAUGUAAUUAGCAUAACACAUUAUACAUGCCAUGUCAAAUUCAAACUCAUCAACAAAAGUUAGAGAUCAGCUAAAACUUAUAAUAUUGCUUAUGUUAUUAGUUGCUGUUUAUCAUUACAUACCUGAGAGCGUAUCCAUUCAGAUCCAAAUUCUGCUUAUGGAAUUUAGCAGGGAAGGAGUCAACCUUGAUUAUUUGUAGAAAUCUUAAUUUUCUGCUAGUAUCUAUCGUUUGCCUGCAUGUGUUCAUGAGGAACAGAGAUACAAGAAAGUGUACAAGUUAUCUGAGUGUGUCUCUCUUUUCUUCUCAGGAGAUAUCUAAAUGUCUUUGCUGCGGGAGUACAAAUAAAACCUAUCUAUAAUCUAUUAUCACUCAACUGACUUGUUUUUGUUGUAAUAAUAGCUUGUUAGGUAUGGCCUGGUCAUAGUACUGAAUGCUUUAAUGUGGGGGUGUUAUGUAAAUAGCCUAAAAGCUCUAUCAUCUCUCCAAGCUACCGUUACAAACUUUGCAAUGAACUUUCUCUCUUCUGGAUUGGCUGGAUUCUUCCUCUUCAAAGAGGUGCUGCCGUUUCAGGUAAUUAAGAUGAUUUUCAGAGGUCAAGACACCUGCACACUUCGACUUAUUAUGAUAGCAAAAUUUUCCCCAAAUCCAGCCUUAUCCAUGGCUACAUGCCAUAGUUUUACGUAGUUGCUGCCAUUGCAGCACUUCCUUUGUCCUUCUUAGACAGUGAAGUGAUGGACUCAAAGUAGUAGUUUAGUUGAGUUUUGACUCGUAUCUCAUCUUUUUGUGCCAAUGGCUGAACUUAGUAGUGUUUUACAUGUUCAUCCUAGUCUUUUUGUUUGUUGAGGAAAUAAGAUAGGAUGGAUGAUAGAGAGGUAGAGCUAUCACACCAUGUCUUGGUUCCUAAUUUCGAUUCAUCUAGCAGUGUUCAAGCAUCAAUCUCUGUGGAUUCAUUUCUUGAUGAGUUGUUAAGAAAUGGCCAAACAUGUACUCACACCCAUACUUGCAACCCUCCUGGCCCUGAUGCUGCACAUACUCACACAUGUUACCAUACUCAUACCCAAGUCAUUCCAUCUGAGAAAGUGGACAAUCCUAGUGAGAAAGUAGAUGGUCCUUGUGAUAGUAGAAAGUCAACAUCAAAGACUAGGAGGUCUUCUGGAAAUAGAGAAGCUGUUAGGAAAUAUAGGGAGAAGAAAAAGGCACAUACAGCUUACUUGGAAGAGGAAGCUAAGAAACUGAGACUGGUAAACCAACAGUUGAUUAGGAAAGUGCAGAGGCAAGCUAUUCUUGAAGCAGAAAUCUCGAGGCUUAGAAGCCUUUUGCUCGAUGUUAGAGGGAAGAUUGAUACUGAAUUGGGUGCUUAUCCCUUACAAAAGCAGUGUACUGCAAGCACUAAAGUUAAAGAAGGGGAGUCAGGGAUGCAAUAUUCUGGUCUGGCAAUGGAGCUUCAGUGUGAGAAUGAUUUAACUUGCUUCCAUCCUCACGGGGAUUCAUCCAUAGAGGAUGGUGGUUUUGGUGGAUGUGAUAAAAUGGGAGCUUCAUCUUGGGAAGGAAACUGCCAGUCUGCAACUGUUGCUUGUAAAGCUAAUGGACCUGCAGAAAGAAGUGGUAUGGACUCCGUGGAAACAAGGCUUUCAUCUGCAUCUCAAGCAGAGUAAUCAAGAGCCAAGGCAAGAUAUCAAUUAUGACCUUCCCGAUCGUCAAGUCUUAUAGAACUUCUGCUUUAGUUAAAUUUAUGAUAGAACUAUGCUAGGUUGGCUGGGGUAAUACACAUCUGAAGUACUGAACAUUCCAAGAAUAUAGUCAUAAAUCAGGUUAACACUUUGUUCUAUAGAGAAGUAUGAACCUGUAGAUAUUUUUGUACUCAAAAGGGGAAAAAAUGACCUCUAUAGUAUAUGGUAUCCUACAUGUAUGAGAGCACUGAUUGAUGUACAUAAAUCUCUAUUUCACUAGUGCGGUUUUCAACAUUUUGGUGGUUGUAUAAUAGCACCCCUGAGUAGCUCUCUAUGUGGUGGGAUUUCCGGUACACUACCAGAAUACUUAAUGGAUGUUAUCUUUUCUCUACGUUGGUGUAAUUGUGAUUUGAUUGUAUUAUGCAAAGAUUCUUUGAUUAGGAAUUUAGGUACCAAUUGAAGUAGAAGCUCUUUUUCUUAACACUAGCAACUUUCUAUCUGAAGUUUCCUUUUAGCACAGAUUGGUGCUGGUUAUGAAACUAGGACAUUUGUAUCUAUAGAAGGGUUUUUGUGUAGCACAGAUUGGUGCAGGUUAUGAGACUAGGAAAUUUGUAUCUCUAGAAGACCAUACAGAUGACAAGCUUGAUGGAUAGGGUUAAGCAUCCCAAAUCUUUCCACUUUGCUGAAUGUCAGUAUUAUUUAAGGACAGAGUAUUCAUUGGUCAUUUCCUUUCCUUGCAAGGGUGGUUAAUUACUCCAACAUUUUUUUUUCUGAUAAGUAAGUUUUCCAUGAAGAUUUUGAAGGUCAAUGAACGCCUGAAUUCUUGAACAUUUAAUCCUUCCCCAUAAUAGAUGUUGAUUAAACGCAAGAUAUUUACUUAAAAUGUACAAUGCCAUCUUAACCAUCUUGACCCAUUCGAGUCUAUAUGGCACAAGUUCAUGAGGUUACAAAAUGGAUAAUCCUUUGAGGUAAACAAUUUUCAUUAACAAAAAAGAUGUGUAGAUUAUACAAGGAACAAAUCAAAUCUGGUACUUCUGGACAAAUGUUGAAGAGACGUCGAGAAAAGUAGUUGAUUAAAACUGUGGACUGGACUAGGCGACGCAACGACUUAUUUCGAGAUAGAGAGCAUUGCAGGGACCGGAAUGUGGGCAAUAUUCAUGCCAUCAACAUCCUGCUAAGUUUCCUUGGUGUAAUUCAAGGUUUCAUGCCUGUCACAUAAAUCAUAAGAAUGAUGAGAAAAAUAUGUGCAGAAUGCAGUUAGCUUAUGAUCAGAUCAUUCCAUAGAUUCUUUUGCAGGAUUUUACCGUGUACUUGAGGGUCUUCAAGUGUGGUAGAUCUUAGAUUUCAGCCACAGAGGAAAGGAGGCAGCGACUCUUCUGAGAACAAUUGGAGUUCUGUUCCCCCUCAAUCUUGAAGGAAGAUCUUGAAAUUGCAUCAAAGCAAUUAACAUGCCAGGGUGUAUUCUAUUGGUAUUUUGAAGUGUAAGUGUAAGCAUUGUUAUGAUCUUAGUUUUUGUUAUUUCAAUUAUGCCCUUCUUAAUUUGUGGUUAAAGUUUUAUCUAAUAUUAAUUGUGGGUGGCUUAGAAGAA